AUGAACGUAAAGUGGACAGUGAAACGAUUUCUGCUUGUGUCGUUUUCAGUCUCCCACCUGCUGUUACUUGAGGGAGCCCAGAGUCGACUUUCACUGGCAGAGGGAAGACCACAGAGAAGGGCUAAUGCACUUCGGAAGAAACGGGAUCUCCUCGGGGAGGAGACAUACAGACCAUUACUGUCAGAGGGCGCUCUGUCACGCAGCAUUUUGCACAACUACACUGCCCGAGAUGCCUCCUCAGAAUACUGCGGCUGCCUCAACGGUGGUUGGUGUCAGGAGGACGGUGUGUGUGACUGUGCUCAGUUCCAGGCACUGGGAGACCGCUGCCAGAUCAUACCGAACCAGGGCCAGGAUAGAGACGGGAUCUGCAGGUCGUGGGGUCAGCACCACUACGAGACCUUUGAUGGAAUCUACUUCUACUUCCCCGGAACCUGCUCUUAUAUUCUGGCCCAGGAUUGCCACUCAGCUACACCCCAGUACACAGUGUGGGUUCACAACAGCAGAGUGUGUGAAGGGAGUGUGUAUUCAUGUCCAAGAGCUCUCAGUCUGUUUUUCCCCAAUGAGGAGGAGAUUCAUAUAUCUGGAUAUCGAGUCCACCAGGGAGGUCGCAGGUUAAGUCUGCCUCAGACUGUAGGCGGUGUGUUUAUCGAGCGACUGGCUGAUUACCUGCUGGUGAAGAGCGUGUUUGGCUUCUCCCUGGCCUGGGAUGGGGGCUCGGGCGUCUACCUGAAGAUGAGCGAGGAGCACCAGGGCGUGCCGUGUGGCCUGUGCGGGAACUUCAACCACGUCGCCGGGGAUGACCUCACCACCGCUCGCGGCAUUCGAACCGAUGAUCCUGCAGUGUUUGCUAACAGCUGGGCGGUGGACCUGCCUCAUGAAAGAGCGUGUCCCUCAGUAGAUCUGGACUUCAACGGGCCCUGCCACUCUGAGUCAGACAUGGAUGAUGCCAUAGAGAAGUGCAGCGCCCUUCUCUUCUUUCCAUUUCUGUCCUGUCAUGAAAACAUUGACCCAAACCCCUUUGUUGCCAGCUGCGUCUCUGACCUUUGUAUCUCGGAUGACGAGGAAACUUUUUGCCGGGUCUUGGUUGAGUACACCCGGGCCUGCUCACACGUCGGAUACCCAGUGAGAGAGUGGAGAGACAGCUUCCCUUCCUGCAAUGAUGGAUGCGAAGACAGUUUUGUGUAUAGAGACUGUAUCAGCUGCUGUCCGCCCACCUGCACGUUUGAGAAGGAGUGUCUUGGAACCAAUCUGCAUUGUCUGGAUGGAUGCUAUUGUCCAGAUGGUCUGAUCCUUCAGAACGGAACAUGCAUUGCUGUUUCUCAGUGUCCCUGUGUUUACCAUGGAGCGUCCUAUGUGCAGGGACACGUGCUUCAGCAAGGCUGCAGCGUCUGCGUUUGCAUGGGAGGGGUGUGGAACUGCACGGAGAAUAACUGCACAGCCGAGUGCUCGGUCGUCGGAGACGUGUUUGGGACAACGUUUGAUGGGAGGGUGUUCCUGCAGCCGGGGGCGUGUCAGUACGUCCUGGCGAAGAGCCGCAGCAGCAGCAGAUUCACUGUCACGCUGCAGUACACAACCUGUGCAGAGCAGCAGGCGUGUAUCCAGUCGGUGGCGGUGGUGUUGGAUGAAGACGUGAGCCGUCAGAUCACUUUGACAAGAGAGGGGGAGGUGGUAAUUGGUGUCAACCCAGCACCUGCCCUCCCCUAUAUCGAUGAUGCAGUGGAGGUGCGGAAGCUGACCUCUGUGUUCACCCAGCUGAAAGCUGGGAUUGGUCUGAGGCUGCAUUAUGAUGGCCGAGGGGGGCGAGUCUACCUGCAGCUGGACAGUCAGUGGCGGGGGCAGACACUGGGUCUCUGUGGAACCUUCAACGGAAAUCUACGGGAUGAUUUUCUAUCUCCAGCGGGAAUGAUAGAGGGGACUCCUCAGCUGCACGCCAAUGCUUGGAAGGUGUUGUCUGCUUGUGUCGCUCCUGUGAACCUGCCGAUUAUCGACCCGUGCGAGAUGAACCAACAGAAUGUUUUCUAUGCGUCCCAGUGUGAGGUGCUUUUGGGAGGUAUGUUUGCUCCGUGCCACGGCUACAUCAGUCCGAACAUCUACCAGCAGCAGUGCCGUUACCAGGCCUGUCGCUGCGGCGGCAGCUGCCUGUGCACCGCGCUGGCUCACUACGCAUACCUGUGCUCCAAACACGGAGUCAGUAUCAAUUUUAGAUCACAAGUCUCAGAAUGUGGAGUGGUGUGUCUUGGAGGUAUGCUGUACCACUCCUGUGUUUCGUCUUGCGGCCGGUCCUGCCGUGCGCUGUCCAACACUGAGCUGUGCAGCCCUGAUGACUGUGCAGAGGGAUGUGGCUGCCCAGAUGGUAGUUACUACGAUGAUGUACGCCAGCGCUGUGUGCAACUGGCGCAGUGUCACUGCUACUCUGUGGGAGUCGUGUCGCAGCCCGGAGAGGUGACCUUCAGCGCCUCCGGCCCCUGCCUGUGCAGAAAUGGGAAGAUGGAGUGUGUGCCAGAGGAAAAAGAGCCAGAUAGCGUCGAGAUCGGCGAGUGUCCGGAGGGGAAAGUGUACCACAGCUGCACCGAGCAGAGGGGAGGAGUGGCCUGCGCCCCGACCUGCCGGAACCUGAUGUUGAACCUCACCUGUCCUCCCAACACACCGUGCAUUCCUGGCUGUAUCUGCCCUCCCGGGCUGGUGCUUCACCAAGGGGCGUGUUACUAUCCAGAGAACUGUCCCUGUGCCUGGCUCGGACUUGAAUACCUGCCCGGGCAAACAGUGGAAACACCGUGCUACAAAUGUGUGUGUCAUCGUGGCUAUUUUAACUGCAGCUACUCUCCAUGCCCGGCUGUGUGUACAGUUUACAGCGACAGGCAUUAUCACACCUUUGAUGGCCUGGAGUAUGAUUACCACUCUGACUGUCAGGUCUACCUGCUCAAAAGUGCAGGAGAAACUGAGAUAUCCAUUGUUGCCCAAAACAAGGACUGCUAUGAGAGCGGCAUUGUGUGCAUGAAAAUACUGGUUAUUCACGUGGGACUCACCAAGAUCUACUUCACUGACAACUCUGGCAACCCUAGCCCCUCCACGGUCGUGGGUCGAGGGUCAGAGUUUGAGCUGUGGAAAGCAGGCUACUACACAGUGGUCCACUUCUCCACUCAGGAUCUGACUAUUCUCUGGGACCGAAAGACGACUGUACACAUCAGAGCCGGACCUCAGUGGAAGGGACGUCUCAGUGGACUGUGUGGAAAUUUCGACAGCGUGACAGUGAACGAUAUGACCACAUCCAGCCACAUGGAAGUCAAUAAUGCACAGACGUUUGGAGAUAGCUGGGCCCUGGGACAGUGUGAGAGUGACUACAUCGUUGAGCGGCCAUGUGAAGGGGACUUGGGGAGACAGCCAUACGCCAAAAGGGAAUGUGCUCUCCUUUACAGUGACGUCUUUGCACCCUGUCACAAUGUGGUUGACGUGGCUUGGUUCUAUAGAAACUGCCUGACAGACACUUGCAACUGUAACCGUGGGGGGGACUGCGAGUGUCUCUGUACGUCCAUUGCCGCCUAUGCACACAAAUGCUGUCAGCAGGGGGUCACAAUACACUGGAGAUCACCCUCUGUCUGCCCCUACGAUUGUGAAUACUAUAAUCAAGAGCUCGGCGAAGGCCCGUUUUCCCUGGUGAGUGCUGUCUAUAAUGACACCAUGUUUGGGGUGAAUCGCACCAGCGGCUCAGUGUUUCCACUCGUAAAAGAGAAGCUCGGCCAGUUGCCCGUCCCGUCUCUACUGUUCAACUUCAUGAUCACAGCAGGCCUGCAGAAGGACAGAGCAUCACGCGUCCCUGUGGUGUCUCUGGAGUCUGCAGAGAGACCAAACUAUUUCCUGGUCGUGUCGGGACGCAGCCGUCUUCAGCUGGAGCACUGGAGUCGAGGAGACGAGUUCAGUCGCAGAGCGACCUUCAUCCAGCACCAGGGGCUGUUUCUGCCAGGUCACACCUCCUUCGAGCUUGUCGGCCAACCUGGAAUCUUUCUGACACUGACGCGCGCUGCUGCACGGGCCCAGAGAUACGACACCUCGGAGGCCUUCAAGGCCAGCAGCAGUUUCUCCCUGGAGGAGAGCACAUUUGUGAUACCUUACCGUAUGAUGUGUGAGUGGCGCUACCAGUCUUGUGCAAGCCCGUGUGUCCAGACGUGCAGCGAUCCCGACGCCACGCGAUGCCAGUUCCUGCCUCCUGUGGAGGGUUGUUUCCCACGUUGUCCUACGAACAUGGUCCUGGAUGAAAUCACAAGGCGAUGUGUCUACACAGAGGACUGUGUUUCUUUUCCCCCGACUCCAACACCCUUCGCAUAUGUGACACGACCUAACCGGACAACGACAUUACCGCCAGUAACUACAACGCCGACCUCCACCGCAGCUUCCAGCACCACCACCACAACUCCGACAACCACAACCACCACUACGACCACCACCGGAGCGACCACCACCUCCUCCACGACUGUCAGGCUCACUACAACUACCACAACAAGCAGCGCCGCUCCCAGCACGACGUUCACCACUGAGGGCGUCACCACGGCGCCCCUCCCCGCUCCAACCACGACCGCUCCUCCCACCACCGCUUCUACCACUCUUCCUCCCUCCACUCAGCCGGCGACCACGCCCACUGAAGUCACCUCCCCAGAAACUGCAGUCACCCCCACCUCUGUCAGCUCAGCAGCACCCACCACUCUGCCCACGUUACCCGCCACGACCCCCGCCACUUCCUCCCCCCCUCCCUCUCCCUCCACCUCAGCUCCCACCACCACGCCCUCCACUCCAACCUCCACCACCGUUGCCACGCCGACGACGCCGGCGCCGUCAACCUCCACCGCACUCCCUCUAACCUCGCCAACAGCACCGCCCCCCACCACGGUCCCCACCCCAGCCCCCACCACUGCUGAACCUGAAACCACCACCAGGUCGUCCACUGCUCCUCCGCCUGUUGCUACAACCGUUCCCGUUGAGACCACCGCCUCAACAGAUUCUUCGACGGCGGCAGCGACGACCACAACGCCACCUCCAACAACCAGCGAGGAAACAACUACAGAAGUGGUGACGAGUCCGCACACCUCUCCUGCAGCAGAGGCGACAUCAGCCACACGUCCGUUCCUCCUGCCCACAGCUCCCUGCACACCGCCGUAUUCCUAUCGUGUUGACGAGUGUGUCGAGCUCAUAUGCUUCAAUGGAGAGCUGCUGCUUCACAACUCGUCCCUGCACUGCCGCUACAACACCACUCCGCCUCAGUGCAGCCUGCUGGGCCUGCCCAUCCACGUCAACACAGACCCCUGCUGUCCUCAGUGGCAGUGCCCAUGUCGCUGCACCGUGAUGUCAGACUUGCGUGUGAUCACAUUCGAUGGCAAUAAUGUGGCCUUAUAUGAUAAUGGCUCCUACAUUUUGGUUAACCUUCCCCGAGAGAUGAUUAUCGGGACUGUGGAAAAAUGUCCAACCAGCCAGAGUGUGAACUCCAUCAGACGAACUAGUCCCUCCGGAGGAACAUCUGGUCUUUGUUUCAAGAAGCUGAACAUUACCACCUCCUCCUACAGAAUUAUUAUCAAUCGACUCGAUCGCAAGGUUACAGUGAACUACAGACCUGCCAGACUUCCUUUCUCACGCCACUCCCUCUAUGUGGAAGACACAGGCAGCAUGUAUUUGAUCCACACGCCUGGUGGGAUCAGCAUACAGUGGUAUCACAGCACGGGCAUCCUCGUGCUGCAGUACAUCGCUCCAAGUAACGCAUCUGUGCCCACCCGAGGCCUGUGCGGUUGCUGUGACGGAAACCCAGAAGAUGACCUGAAGCUGCCCAACGGCACCGUGGUCAGAGAGGUGGGAGACAUGAUGCUCUUCCUCCAGGCGUGGAGAGUCCACACUACUGACGAGGCCGAGCACACUCGCAGGGUCGGAGACAACUGCACCACCGGUGACUGCUCUAUCUGCCUCUCCAUGCUCCGACAAAGACCUUUCACGCCGUGCCACAGCAAGGUGCCUCCAGAGCAGUUCUGCGACAUCAUGUGGGCAGGAGACUUGCAUUACAAAGAUCACCAGUGUGACUUCCUGGCAGCCUACGUCGCAGUUUGCUACACACAUCAAGUCUGCAUCAGCUGGAGACGUCACAACUUCUGCCCGUUGCGGUGUCCCCCCGGUAAGGAGUAUCAGCCCUGUGUGAGCACCUGCACCAGCCGCACCUGUCUGAACAGAGAGUACUACGAGGAGACCACCUGCUCCUUCAUCAGGGAGGAGUGUGUGUGUCGCAGUGGCACCAUCCUGCACCGUGCCGACUCCCCUUACUGUGUAACCGAGGACCGCUGCGUGUGCACAGAUAAUGAGGGGAACCCCCGGGCCCCGGGAGAGGUGUGGAACGGCUCUGCCCGCGGCUGCUGUCUGUACAAGUGCAUGGAGAAUGGCUCUGUGAUAGCUGUCGAGCCAGACUGCCACUCUGUUCCCACACCGCUGUGUGAGAGGGAGGGGGAGUAUGUGCUGGAUGUGCUGGAAGAGGGAGCCUGCUGCCCAAAGAAGAUAUGUGAAUGUAACAUGACCAUCUGUGACAGCGACGCUCCACCGUGUGAUAACGGGAACAGGCUGGCGAUCGGGUACAGCACCAUGUCCUGCUGUCCAGAGUACCGAUGCGAGUGCGACCCCAUGGCGUGCCCUCCCAUCUCUUCCCCCGACUGCAGGGAAGAUCAGUUCCUCGUUGAGGUCAGGGGUCAGAAAUCCUGCUGCUACUCUUACCUGUGCGUCUGCGAGUCGUGCAUCGAGCCUAUUCCAGCCUGCUCGCACGGAGAGAUUUUGGCCGUGGAUCUGAACACCACCAACAGCUGCUGCCCGCAGUACCACUGUGUGUGCGAUGUCAAUCUGUGCCCCGAAUCAUCUGUGAGCUGCGCACCGGGGCUCUCUUUGGUCCAAACCACUGUCCCCGAUCACUGCUGCCCUCAGUAUCACUGUGAGUGCCAGUGUGAGGACGGCUCCUUUCCCAUUUGUCAGGUGGGAGAGGUGCUGGUUGAGGUCCCAGACAGGAGCACCGAAUGUGGCUGUUCUCAACACUCGUGCCAGAAAGCAGAGGUGUGUCUUUUCCAAGGGGUGACUGUGCUGGGCCCGGGCCAGUCUCUGGUUCAGUACUUUGAGGGAGAAAUGUGCUACACCGUUCAGUGCCUUCAUCACAGAGACCCAGAUUCUGGCUUCUAUGCCAUGGAAAUCACGUCCGUCAACUGUACCCAAAAAUGUGGACCACACCAGGUUUAUGUUCAAUCCACGGAUCCUCAGGUGUGCUGCGGCUCCUGCAAGAACAUCUCCUGCACUUUUACAAAUGAAAAUGGAACAACAGAGCUUUUCACCGCAGGGAGUUCCUGGGUGGAGAACUGUACCCGUUACGACUGUAUGGAAACAGCAGUGGGAGCAGUGGUACUUGCCUCUGGGGUUGUUUGUCCACCCUUCAAUGAUACAGAGUGUAUUCAGAAUGGAGGUAUUGUUCAGAGCUAUGUGGACGGCUGCUGCAGAACAUGUUCUGGAGUGGGUGUUUUACCGUUUACCGUUAACCCUGUAACACCCACUGGUAGUACUAACUGUGACACAGGUAAAGAGGACGGCAAGACAUGUAAGCGUGUGGCCAUCCGGACUACAAUCAGAAAGGACGACUGCAGGAGCAAUGCACCAGUCACUGUGUAUUCCUGUGAUGGCAAAUGUCCGUCUGCCACCAUAUUUAACUUCAACAUCAACAGUCACGCCAGGUUUUGUAAGUGCUGCCGUGAAAGUGGACUGCAAACCCGAUCCGUUAUACUUUACUGCUCUCGUAAUGCCACAGUCGUGGAGUACAGCUUCCAAGAGCCUCUGGACUGUUCCUGCCAGUGGAACUAAAAUAGAGGUUUCACACAGAAAUAUGACGGAGAGCUGCAUGAAUGAAGGCGACGUAUGAGUAAAAGGGACAUUUGGAUUUCUACUGUACAAGCAUGGAAACCAGCCAUGUUUCAUUAUUUCAUAACAGUACACCUUACAACACUGACUCUGAGUCAUAGUUGUAACUAAAAUAUAUUGAAAGUAUAUGAUUUAAGUGUUUUCUUUUUUGUCAAGUAGGAUUGUCUGCACUUUAGCUUU